UACUUUUCCGAAUUUUACUACACUAUUCAACUUGGUCUUUAUUCAUCAGUGCUGAAAUGCUUCGACUUGCCGCGUUCGCCAUUCUCUUCUGUGGGACCUUUGAUGCCGCCAGCGUGCCCUGCAACCCCCCUGAUAUGCUGUUGGGGAAAUUCUGUGCUGCUGUGAAAGACAACGACGUCAACGAUGACGGCAGAGUGGACGGCACUGACAUGGGCACAGAUCUCCUGAAUUACAACUUCGACGAUGACCCUUGUAUCGUAGAAGAAUGGGAGGUCGUGUCUCGGUGGACGUGUCGGUACGGCUACUCCAAAGAGUACGGCGCAUUCAUGUACAAACAGUUUGACGUCAACCAAAAUGGUCGUGUGACGGCAGGCGACUUCGUUACAUUAAAUUUUACCAAUGCCGACUUCUUAAUGGCGCAAUACACUCGUUUCAAGAACGCCUACUGCGGUGACCCUAAGAAUAGGCAGAGCCCCGUUGACAAAAUCCAGUGUGACGAGGUGGACAAACUAAAGACAGCGGACAUCAAGUGUACAUAAGCAGAAUCUACAUUCACCUGAGAUGUAGAAACGGCAAUAAAAUUGUUGGUAAUAA